GGCUGCUCCUGCGCGUGCGAGCUGCGGCCGCGGCGGAUCCCGGCAGGUGAGGGGCGUGCGCCGGCGGGUCGUCAGCCCCCGCAACACGGCCUCGGACAGAGAGCGUGUGCAAGCGAAAGUCGGGGGAGGAUCGCAAGCAGACUCCGCGCUCAACACGGAGCCCCACGCGGGGCUCGAUCCCAUGACCGGAGACCAUGACCUGAGCUGAAACCGAGAGUCGGAUGCUUAACUGACUGAGCUGCCCAGAUGCCCUGAGAUCGGCACUGUUUAAGUCUGAUGCUCUCACACUGCAUUGCCCUCCUACAGUUUUGCUGGAGCCACAGAAUUGUUUCCUGUAGAGAGGCGCUCUCUCAUGGAGUGACUUGCUGGGUCUUUAUGCAGUCAUGGAUAUGGAUAAACCAUCUGUCUGGGGCUCUUUGAAACAGCGGACCAGGCCUUUGUUAAUCAACCUGAGCAAGAAGAGGGUGAAAAAGAACCCCAACAAGCCCCUAGACUUACGAGCAAGGCGUUCUCUGGACCGCCGCCUCAGCCUCUCUGUCCCUGACCUCCUGGAGGCCGAGGCCUUGGCCCUGGAGGGGCGGCCUUACUCUGGGCCCCAGUCAUCCUACACCUCGGUGCCCAGCAGCCUGUCGACAGCAGGGAUCUUUCCCAAGAGCAGCAGUAACUCCUUGAAACAGUCUGAAGAAGAAUUGGAUUGGAGCCAGGAAGAAGCAGGCCACCUCCACGUGGUGGAAACAGACUCGGAGGAGGCCUAUGCUUCUCCCGCCGAGGACAGGAGGCCUUCCAGCAAUGGCAUCUUGGAUCUGCUCCAGAAAACUCCUGUUGAAGAGGAUGCACUGGAAGAGCCAGAGAAGCUAUGUGGAAGUGGUGAUCUGAAUGCUUCUCUGAUGUCCCAACAAUUUGAAGAACAAUCUAUGUUUGGGGAAGCCGGCGAUGGCUUGAGUAACCUGCCCAGUCCUUUUGCCUACCUCCUCACCAUCCACCUGAAGGAGGGCCGGAACCUGGUCAUCCGAGACCGCUGUGGCACAAGCGAUCCCUAUGUGAAAUUUAAGCUGAAUGGGAAGACGCUGUACAAAAGUAAAGUCAUAUAUAAGAACUUGAACCCAGUUUGGGAUGAGAUAGUUGUACUUCCAAUUCAAAGCCUUGAUCAAAAGCUCCGUGUGAAGGUAUAUGAUCGAGAUUUAACUACCUCUGAUUUCAUGGGUUCUGCGUUUGUCAUGCUCAGAGAUCUUGAGCUUAACAGAACGACUGAACAUAUUUUAAAAUUGGAAGACCCAAACAGUUUAGAAGCGGACAUGGGGGUGAUUGUAUUAAAUUUGAGCCUAGUGGUAAAACAGGGUGAUUUCAAGAGACAUCGUUGGUCAAAUCGGAAGCGAUUGAGUACCAGCAAGUCCUCUUUGAUACGUAACCUGCGGCUCUCAGAGUCCUUGAGAAAGAACCAACUCUGGAAUGGGAUUAUAAGUAUAACGUUGUUGGAAGGGAAGAAUGUCUCAGGAGGAAGCAUGACAGAGAUGUUUGUCCAGUUAAAACUGGGAGAUCAGAGGUAUAAAAGUAAGACACUGUGUAAGAGUGCAAAUCCGCAGUGGCGGGAACAGUUUGACUUUCACUACUUCUCUGACAGGAUGGGCAUUUUGGACAUUGAAGUGUGGGGAAAGGACAGCAGAAAGCAUGAGGAGCGUCUGGGCACGUGCAAAGUGGAUAUCGCGGCCCUGCCGCUCAAGCAAGCCAACUGCUUGGAGUUGCCUCUAGAGAGCUGCCUGGGGGCUCUCCUGAUGUUGAUCACACUCACUCCCUGUGCCGGAGUCUCCAUCUCAGAUCUGUGCGUGUGCCCCUUGGCAGACCCCGGCGAAAGAAAGCAGAUUGCCCAGCGAUAUUGCUUACAGAAUUCCCUGAAAGAUAUGAAGGACAUCGGCAUUUUACAAGUGAAGGUUUUAAAGGCAGUAGAUCUCUUAGCAGCAGAUUUCUCAGGGAAGAGUGAUCCUUUUUGCUUGUUGGAGUUAGGCAAUGACCGACUUCAGACACACACCAUUUACAAAAACCUCAACCCCGAGUGGAACAAAGUUUUUACAUUUCCUAUUAAAGAUAUCCAUGAUGUUUUGGAAGUGACAGUGUUUGAUGAAGAUGGAGAUAAACCUCCUGAUUUUCUUGGAAAAGUUGCCAUUCCCUUGCUGUCCAUUCGAGAUGGACAACCAAAUUGCUACGUGUUGAAGAAUAAAGAUUUAGAACAAGCUUUUAAAGGAGUUAUUUACUUGGAGAUGGACCUCAUAUAUAAUCCGGUCAAAGCAAGUAUUAGGACCUUUACUCCCAGAGAAAAGCGCUUUGUUGAAGAUACCCGCAAGCUGUCCAAGAAGAUUUUAUCAAGGGAUGUAGACCGUGUGAAAAGAAUCACCAUGGCAAUGUGGAGUACAAUACAGUUCCUUAAAAGCUGCUUCCAGUGGGAAUCCACGUUGAGAAGUGCUGUUGCAUUCGUGGUAUUUUUAGUCACUGUCUGGAAUUUUGAACUGUACAUGAUCCCCCUGGCAUUGUUGCUACUCUUCAUCUACAAUUUCAUCACACCCACAAAAGGGAAGGUUGGCAGCAUCCAGGACAGCCAGGAGAGCACCGACUUAGAGGAGGGGGACGAUGAAGAUGACAAGGAAUCUGAGAAAAAGGGGUUAAUUGAGAGAAUCUAUAUGGUACAGGAUAUUGUUUCAACUGUUCAAAACGUCUUGGAGGAAAUAGCUUCUUUUGGAGAAAGAAUUAAAAACACAUUUAACUGGACGGUCCCGUUCCUCUCCUUCCUGGCCUGUUUGAUCCUGGCAGUGACCACCAUCAUUUUGUAUUUUAUUCCACUCCGGUACAUCGUUUUAAUCUGGGGCAUAAAUAAAUUUACGAAGAAGCUUCGAAAUCCCUAUGCCAUCGACAAUAAUGAGCUGCUAGACUUCCUCUCCAGGGUACCAUCUGAUGUUCAAAAGGUGCAGUAUGCAGAAUUGAAACUCUGCAGCAGCCAGAGCCCCCUUCGGAAGAAGCGCAGCGCUCUCUAGGACCCACGCCAGCCUUGGGCACCAGCACCCAAUUCCCUGUUGGGUUGAUUAGACCAACACUCUCUCUGUUUCCGUGGUGGUACCCAUGGUGUCAUUCUGAAAUGUGUGGAGCCCUCCCUGUACUCUCCCUGCUUCUCCACAUGCACCGAUGCACACCCAUGUGCACACAUCCACACGCAUGGGUGUGCUAGUUGCUUAGCGUCUCGGCCUGUCAGAAGGAAACAAUCUAGUGACCAUGGAAGACUGAGGUCCCUUCUCAAAUAGGAGGUAAAGCAAGGCGGCCAGGGGUCUGAAUAGCCUCCUUGAGAAUGGCUGGGAGACCACCUGGAUGCAAGUGUGGCUCUGAACUUGUUUUCCUACCUCCAACAGAUUCUCCUUAAGAUUCAGUUUUUUCCUCUCCCAUUCACACACUCCUUUCAGAUUAUCGGGCAUGUGAGUCCAUUUCUUUCUCUGAGUUCACAAGUCUCUGGUAGUAGCAUCAUCUCCCCAACGAGUGUCUCUUAUAAGUAGAUUUUUUAAUAAUUACCAGGAUUAGCCCAAGCCUUUGGGAGUCCUGCACCGUGAUUACUGAAGACGUGUGUGGACAAUGGCAGUCAGCUCCCUGGUGCUGGACGCCAGUGCAUAUCGCAGUCCGUUGCGGGCAGUGGAAGCCCUGCGAAGGUCCAAAGGGACCAUUCAUCCAAAAAGUGAAGGUUACAUGAGAGUAUUUGGUUGCCUUACAAACGCCAUAUCUUCUGACUGGACUUUGCUUAUUUCCAAAAUAAAAUGUCAAUAUUAGAGCUUCAGAGAGAGGGGGAUGAAUGAAUGAAUUCUGAGAGUAUUUAGGAAGAUGGAUAAAGGCUGAGGAGCAAGGGACCAAUUUAUGGCUGCUUUACCUGAUUGUCAUAAUCACUGUAUUUGUCCGCAUUUUUGAGCAGAAAGUAAAAAUAACUCAGCCGUCCAAAUCGAUCUUUUGUUCCUGAGCAAGAUAAGCUACACAUAAUACAUAUAUAUCUCAGAACCCCAUUCCUUGAAAAGCACCACCCCAAAGUCGUCUUAAAAAAUAGCUGAUUCCUUCAGACCCCACCAUUUCAUAGUACCCCCAAGUAAAAACCCCGAUUUUAUGCAUAUAUAAAAUACAUGCAGAUAUCCUUCUGUUCAAAUGAUAUUUAUGUUGUAAAGACUGUAUUUUGUUGACACAUACUUUGUGCAGUUUUAUAUAUAACAUAUAUGUGUGUGUGUAUUGUAAAGAAAAGUUGAGGUAAAAAGACCCGAUUUAAUAGUGAGUUUUAUUUUAUUUUUUCUCUCUGGGUUGUAAUUUAAUAAUCUUCAAACAAAAAUGUUUAUGAAAAAUGCCAAAGAUUCUAAACCUUAUCAUCCCGUGUCUGUUUUUCUUCAUAUUAUAUGUUCCUGGUUUUCUUUCUGGCUGAGCCAGAUUUCUGCAUGAUUUGAUUUGCUUCAAGUUAAUGAAGCUGGCUGGAAAAGAGCCUUGCAGAAAUUAUAAAAGCUCCAGUAAAUCUCUUAGUUGUACAUACAAUAGAUAUCCAAGAACCUCUUUUGUUAAACCAGUUAUUCAAUCUUCUGUGUAAACAAUGCCUCAUUGUCUCACUCCCAACUAUCAUGUAGUUUAUCACAGUCUGUCAUUUUGUAACGACCUAAGUCAGACAUUUUUAAACAGACAUGUGAGAUCUGAUCAGUCAUUUGAAUGAAAACUUUCAGCAGCAAAAUAACCCCUUAUUUAUUUAAAAGUGGAACCGAUACUUUAUUGUUGUUCCUUUGCUAUACAAUUUCAAAAUGAAAUAAUUUGUCCAACAAGAAGGCAUCAUUAGUUAGACUUACUCCCUCUGCAGCCCAAUGGGAAUUCUGAGCAUUAAGUUUAGGACACAGCAGCUGGGCUGUCAAGAGCAGGACUGAAUCAACCUUUAAUAAACUGUAAGUGGAAAACAAUUGUUAAUAGAUUAAGUAGACUUUGAACGUUAAAAAUGUUCGUUGUAAGGGAAAUGUGAAGAUUUAUACAAGUAAUCAAACUCAUACGAGAUUCCAGAAUGCUCUUUAGAUAAAAUUUAUGGAUUGUGGAUUCAGUAUGGUAAUUAAAGAUAAUUUAGUAGGAAUGUUGAAGUUUAGCCAAGCUCUCCUGAUUCUCUUCUCAAACCUCACACUCCCAUUUCCAGCUCUGACUGGAUGUCUUUAGGCAUCUCUACCUCAGUGGGUCAGAAAUUGUUAUCUCUCCCUCUGUGUGUUCAGGGCCCUGAACCCAUAGUCUCCUAGCUUCCUUAUUUCCCUUACUGGCACUGGCAUUUUCUGGGCUAGGAAUCACUGGGCAUCCCCUUUUUUGUUCCUUAUGUUUUGUUUUGUUUUCCCCCAUCUCCCAACCCAUAAAUCUAUAGAUCCAGUGUUGCCAUGUUAUCUUGUCCAUUUCUGUCUUGUCCAUUUCUGGUCACCACCCCCUAAGCCAAGGCCUCCAAAACCUCUUACAAGACAUGGCGAUGGUACCAAUUACAUUACACCAGCUUAAUCCUUCUUCCGACUAUUCUUUUCACUAGGAAUACUUUCUCACACGUUUCUGUCCAAGUAAAUUCUACCCUCUUUUAAAAUUUUCAGAAGUUUCCUGCCCCAAUUAGGAUUUCUUUUGUUUCCUUGGCUGAAUUAGAUUCUACCCUUCUCUCUUGCACCCCCUCCCCCACAUCUUUCAUAUCUUUCUGGCAUUUGCCAUAUUCUGCUAUAGCUCAUCAUUACCAGAGGCCUUGACUCCCUCUGUCCUCCACUGGGUGGACCAUCCUGUCUGGCACCUAAUAGACACUCAGGAAAUACCUGAUUAAUUGAUUGGGUCAUAGUCAACUUUUCUUCUCUGCCCUUUCAUGUAUACAGAGCGCUGAGAUGGGUAGAUUAGUGUGGUCUAUCAGAGGAAAUAAUUUCUUGUAUUAAACACACAGCUCAUACUGUGUGAUAUGAUUUAUAAGCUUUGGCCAUGUCAACUAUAAACUUUUCAGUGAUGUCUUAUAUUGGAGAAGUCAUUACCUACCUACAUAUCACAGGAAAAUAUAUUUGUGCAUGGUUAAAAAAAAAACUUUGACUUUUCUUCUUGUCAUUUAUCAUUUAAUGAACAUAUAUGGAACACUGAUUAUCUACCUGAACAAAACAGACUGCAUUCCCUUGGUGGAGACAGACAUGAAACAGAUACUUUUGAAAAGUGGCAUGACAUUUGCAGAUUCAAGUUUUUUUAAAAAGAGUAUUCUGGCUGCAGUGGGUAGACCAGCAAUUGUGAAUGUUCAGAGAAGAGCUAAUUUGAAUAAUCAUAAAUUGAUGGUCACCUGGACCUUCAAAUAGUGUCAAUGGAAAAAAACUACAGGUGAAAUCGUGAGAUGUUUAGGAAAAAUGAGCAGGACUUCUCAGUUGCUUGACUGUGGGUUGAAGGAGAGAGUAGAAUUCAAGAUGGCACUCAGUGUUCUCAUCUUGGGGUCCAGGAAGAUGGUAUGGUGUUUGCUAAGAGAGAAUUACAGGAGCAGCCGUGAGAAGAAUAGCAUGAGACCAGUUUUAGACAAUGUUGAAUAUGAGGUACCUGACAAGCCUCUAAAUGGGGAUCUCAAAAGAGGUAACAAUAUAUGGAUAUGGAGCCAAGAAAAGAAAUAUACUAUACUUGAAGGAGAUACAUAAGGGCCAACAUUCAUAGGCUUCAAGAAAUUGACUCCACACUCAAAAAGUUCUGUAAGGACGAGUCCACUAAAGCUAAAUAGAAAAUAUUAAAUAAGAGAAAAAGCAGUAAGCAUAUACUGUCAUAGAAUUCAUUUGGUAGAGCAUGUUUCAAGAAAGCAGGUGUGGUCUAUAGUGCUGAAUACCACCGAGAUCACUUCAGUUGAGGACAGCACAGAGACCUUUAAUGGCAUGGCAACUUGUGGGGAUCUUAGCGAUGAGUCAUUUCUGUAGUGUGGUAGGAAAGGAAACUAGUUUUGAGUUGAGAAAUGAGUGGGCCUAGGAAAAUGGAGACCACAUGGAGGUACCCCUUGAAAAAUUCCACUAGAAGGAGAGGAGAGAGAGCACAAGAACUCAGAAUGGAAGGUGCCUGGAAUUAUUAAGGGAAAAAAGUAGAUGUGUCAUGAACUCAGUGUGCACCUGUUAGUAACAAAAAAUUCUUCAUGAGUACAAGAUGGAGUGAUCUGUACCAUUUAAAACUGUGCUCUGUUGAAACCCACCUCUCUUUUGUGUAGUAGUAAUUCGACUUUUAUGGGAGUAAAGUGGCUGGGAAAUCAAAAUACAAUAUCUUCUGAAAAUAUGCGUACUCACUUGAUCAUUGGAUGAAUGUUGAAAGGUGACAUCUGAAGAAUGGCUUAAAGCACAUUCUCUCUUUAUGUAGGUCUCUGUAGAAAGUCUACCGGGCUCUUCUGGUAUGUUAAUGUAGUGAUUUACAUGGGGAAAAUGGAUAGUCAAGCACAGAAGAAUAGCUAGUAUUUUAGAGCAUUUACUAAAUGCCAGGUACUUUCUAAGUGCUUUAGAUGUAAUAGCUCAUUUAAUUAACAACAACAAAACUAUGAAAUCGCUCAGAUAUUUAUGGAAAAAAUAACCAAUUUCAUUCAAACUCUCCCAAGAAAUAGUAAAAAGAAGAUACAACACUUUUCUACAUAUUUUAUGAAGCCAGUAUAAUCCUCAUUCCAAAACCCAACAAGGUGAUACAAGGAUGGAAAAUUACUUACCAGAAUCCCUUAUGAAUAUAGAUAUAAAAUUAUGAAAGAUAUAUAAGCUUCUACACUGAAAACAUGAUUGAGAGAAAGAAGAUAAAUAAAUGUAGAGUUUCAUGGAUUAGAAAAUUCAAUAUAUUAAGAUGUCAAGAGAUUAAAUGUAAGCCCAAUAAAAAUUAUAAGGUUUUUUUUUACAGAAAUUAAUCAGCUGAUUCUAAAAUGUACAUGGAAAUGCAAGAAUCCAAGAAUAAUCCAAGCAAUCUUGCAGAUGAUUAACACUGGCAGAUAACAAGAUGUAUUAUAAAGUUAUUGUAACUAGACAAUGUGCUGUGGGCACAAGCGUAGACAGAUUAAAUAGAAAAGACUGGAAGGACACCCACACAUAUUUGGUAACCUGUGACCUAAUUUAUGUCAAAGGUGACAUAUUUUCAGUGUGAGGACAGCAUGCAGUGUAGGGAAAAAAAGCUUUUGAAAAAAAUGACACUGGGUCAUUUAAGUACCCACAUGGAUAAAAUAAAUAUUGACACCUUAUACUCACAAAAUCAAUUCUGUAUGAAUUGCAGAUCCAAAAGUGGAAGGCAAAGUAAAAGAUUUCAGAAAAAGUCAUAGGAAAAUGUCUUCACGUUUAUGUGAUAAGCAAAGAUUUCUUAAACUGAUAAUAGGUGCUAGUCAUAAUGAGAAAAUACUGAUAAAUUGGAGAUCAUUAAACUUAAUUUUUCCUCAAAAAGUAUGAAUUAAGAGAGAAAAAGUGUAAGCCACAAAGUGAAAGAAAAUACGUAAUCUCUAUAUAUAAUCUGACAAUUCUAUCCAGAAUAAAGAUUUUCUACAAUGAAAAGGCAGAAAACCCAGUAGAAAAAGGGGCAAAAGACUUGAAAAGGCACUUCACAGAAGAGCCUAUCCAAAUGGCCAGUAAACAUAAAAAGGUGCUCAGCAUCACUAGUCAUAAGGCAAAUGCAAAUUGAAACCACAAAAUGAUACAACUGCACACAGCCAAAGUGGCUAAAAUGAAAAGUCAAUAUUAAGUGUUUUUAAGGAUGUGGAAAAACAAAUUCCUAUAUACUCUUAGUGGGUGAGAACAUAAACUGGUACAACCACUUUGGAAAACUUUUGGAAAAGUAUCUAUUAAAGCUAACCAUAUGCAUACCCUAUGACCCUUCCCCCAGUUUCACUCUUAGGUAUAUAACCAACAGAUUGUGCAUAUGUUCAAUAAAAGACAUGCCCAAGAACACUUACCACAGUACUACUUGUAUGAUUCCAAAAACAGCAGCAGUAUAUAUUCAUCAGUAUCUGAGAGGAUCAAUUACUUGGGACUCUACAAUGGAAUACCAUACAGAUGAAAGGAAGAACUAAGGUUGCAUGCAACAACAUGGAUAUUUCAUAAAUCAUGUUCAACAAAAGAAACAAGACAGCACAAAUACAUGCAAUGCAAGAUUUCAUUUACAUAAAGUUCAAAAACAGAAAAACACAAUCUAUGGUGUUAAAAUUCAGAAGGCUGGGGGUAUAAUGCCUAAAAGGAGCCAUAAGUGGAAUUCCUGGGAUGAUGUCAAGGUUUUGUCAUUUUGGUCUGGAUUCUAGUUACAUCAACUUGUUAACUUUGUGAAAUUCACUGAGCUGUAAACUUACGACUUGUAUAAUUUUCUGCAUGUUUACUAAAAGGAAAGAAAAUUAUGAAGCAUGGCCAUUUUAUUCCUAAUUUACAAUUAAAGAAACUGAGGCUGAUCGCUGUAUUUUAAACAUGAAAGAAGAAGAGCACUAAUCCAAAUAAACAUUUUAAAUUGUGUAAGAGUUGGAAGUCAUUCUAAACAAACCCAAAACAGACAGUUCCUCAAUAAUCUCAUUGCAUUUGAAUAUUCAAUGAUGUCUUCACACAAAUCAGUCAUUUUA